AUAAAAUUGUGAUAAAACUUAGAGAAAAUUAAAAGAAAAAUAUUCCUUUAUAAAUGUAUAUACCCAUCUCUUCACCAGCACAGCCUUACCUUCCAUUUUCUGCAACUUCUCCAAAUCUCAUACUUUCCAGAAAAUCAUUUUCCCAAGAAAAAUAAAACUUUCCUCUUUGUUCUUCUCCCCCAACAGCUAUCACGGCCUUCCAAAUGGAGCUAGGAGAAGAUUCCUCUCCGCUGAGGAAAUCUGGAAGAGGAAAGAUCGAAAUCAAACGGAUCGAGAACACAACGAAUCGUCAAGUCACUUUCUGCAAACGCAGAAAUGGUUUGCUCAAGAAAGCUUACGAACUCUCUGUUCUUUGUGACGCGGAAGUCGCACUCAUCGUCUUCUCUAGCCGUGGCCGUCUCUAUGAGUACUCAAACAACAGUGUAAAAGGGACAAUUGAGAGAUACAAGAAGGCUAUAUCGGAUAAUUCUAACACCGGAUCGGUGGCAGAAAUUAAUGCACAGUAUUAUCAACAAGAAUCGGCCAAAUUGCGUCAACAAAUUAUCAGUAUACAAAACUCAAACAGGCAAUUGAUGGGUGAGACGAUAGGGUCAAUGUCUCCCAAAGAGCUCAGGAAUUUGGAAGGCAGAUUAGACAGAAGUAUUACCCGAAUCCGGUCCAAGAAGAAUGAACUUUUAUUCUCCGAAAUUGACUACAUGCAGAAGAGGGAAGUUGAUUUGCAUAACGAUAACCAGCUUCUUCGUGCUAAGAUAGCUGAAAAUGAGAGGAGCAAUCCGAGUAUGAAUCUGAUGCCAGGUGGAUCUAACUACGAGCAGCUUAUGCCACCGCCUCAAACGCCAUCUCAACCGUUUGAUUCACGGAACUAUUUUCAAGUCGCGGCGUUGCAACCUAACAAUCACCAUUACUCAUCCGCUGGUCGCCAAGACCAAACCGCUCUUCAGUUAGUGUAA